AUGACGUUAUUCCCCGGCGUCGCUUUGGUGACAGGAGCCGCUUCAGGGAUCGGACGUGCAGUAGCCAUCUCGUUCGCCCUCGAGGGAUGUCCGCAAAUCACCGAGAAGUACAUGAAGGAAGUUUCGAGCUUUGCUGAAAUUCUCGUCUACCCGGUCGACAUGCUGGAGGAAGAGCAAGUCUGGGCCAUGGUGCAAGCGACCGUCAACGAAUGGGGAAGGGUGGACUAUGCCGUCAAUGCUGCCGGCGUAAUUGGCAACAAUGACCGCUCGACCUCAAUAAGCGCCUACGAUUUCGAUCUCAUCAACAACAUUAACUAUCGCGGAACAUGGCUCUCAUCAAGGGCGGAGCUGACGCAGAUGUUGAAGCAGGAACCAUUACCAACGCAUGAUGGAAGAUUAGGCAGCAGAGGCAGCAUUGUGAAUAUUGCGAGUCAGUUGGGCCUGGUAUCGAGGCCGAAUGCACCGGCCUACUGCGCUUCCAAAGCAGCAGUCAUCUCACUGACGAAGAGCGAUGCCAUCGACUACUCGAAGGACAAUAUCAGAAUCAAUUGCGUUUGUCCAGGUGUUAUCGCAACGCCCAUGACAAAAGGCGAUCCGGCACUCGCCAAAGUGCUAGAGUCGGCGGUGGCGAUUGCGCCGAUGGAUCGCAUGGGGAGCGCGCAGGAGGUCGCAGACGCUUGUCUGUUCCUAUGCAGUAGCAAGGCUACUUUCGUGCAGGGGCACGCUCUCAAGAGGGCCCUAGAAAGCAUUCAAAGUGGUGCAGCGUGGCUGCCAUCAAGUGCGCCCUUCCCCGACGGAUAA